AGAACGUGUUCAGUUAACGGACAGAACAAGUUGUACAAGAUAGAUUAGGGCAGAAUAAGGCUAUUUAUCAAAUGCUAGGUCACAUCAACCGAAUACUGCUUUGGUACAUCUGAAGAAAAAGAAAACGGACCAGGUUCGUAGAACACAGAAUGUCGUCUGAACAGGUUGACGACUCUAGGAGUACUGCUCCAGCUCACAACCGAUUCACAACCGAGAGCAAUAUCCAGGAGAAGGAGUCCAGCACAACCAAACGAAAUGAAACACCAGUUGGAUUGCAUAACAUUCAGAAGGGAAAAACUCCAUUUGUUGAUAGAAAACCAGUGAAUAACGGCGAUAACUGUAAGCUUUUCUUCCGUUACGAUCAAAGCGAAAACGGAAAGCCUGUUUUCAAAUACUUGUAUCGCCCCGUUGAUACCAAAGUAAAAGCAAAUAUUUCUACAAGAAAGAUUAAGAGAGAAGUCUUCAGUGGGUUCUACAACUGCGAUAUUCCAGUUGCUAUGGUAAGGACAGUGCUGGUCCACAGCGAACAGGAAAAGAAGGAGAUUGAACGAGAAUUUCGAAUCUUAAAAGAACUGGAGGUCCAGGAAAAUUUUAUCCACUAUUUUGCUCACGAAAUGGACUUGGAUUUUAUGUACCUUGCGACAGAACUGUGUCUGUGUUCUGUGGCAGAUCUUUUGGAUGCGGAACGGAAAAUUCCGAUGAAAGAAAAAAUUCUGAAGGACUUACAAGCAAAAGAAAUCCUGCGCCAAGCCACGAGAGGACUCAAUUAUUUACACCAAAGCCAUUUUAUCCACCGCAACAUCAAGCCAAAUAACUUCCUUAUUAAGAAAGUUAAUUCCGAAAAUGCAUGCCAAUUUGCGGUUAAAAUUACUGACUUUCGACUGACCAGGGAAUAUGAUCCUGAUAACGAUUCAAAGCUAUCGGGAUCUGCUGCAUCAGAAGGAUGGGAAGCACCGGAAAGCAGAAACGAGGAUGAAAAGCCUAGUACAAAAUUGGAUGUCUUUAUUCUCGGUUGUUUCUAUCACUAUGUCCUAAUUGCGCUGUCGAAGAAUGGAGACAACAACGGAAAGUCCAGACAUCCAUUUGGCGACAAUGAAGCUCAGCGUGUGCCAAACAUUCAGAAUUUAAAUUAUUCUGUCUAUAAGGACAAACCUCCAUUCAAUCCCAAAAAUAAGGACGAGGAAGAGGUGACAAAGCUUAUAAAGCUGAUGUUGAAGUUCAAAGAAGACGAACGCCCAACAUUACAAAAAGUUCUAGACAGUUCUUAUUACAAUCCUUCUGAAGAUUACAAGUUAUACGAGGAUUAUAAGUCACCUGGUCUUUGUGUUAUCUUUAAUCAGCAGGUUUUUCGUCUUGAAGAAAAGAACCGUGAAGGGAGCGACAAGGACCGAGAUGCGUUAAGUGAUACGUUUAAAAAACUGGGUUUCAACACUGAAGUUCACGAAAAUCUAGAAUCGUUUGAUUUGAAAUCUGAAAUCAACGCUCUAGCCAAAAGAAAUUUCAGUGAUUUUGGUUGCCUGAUCGUAUGUCUUUUGUCUCAUGGAAUUGAGAACGCAAUCCUAUGCUACGAUGGUAGAUACGUUAACACUAAUGAACUAAAGAACGAGUUUUCUUUUAAUAAUUGCCCCAGCCUCUAUGGGAAACCGAAAAUAUUCAUCGUUCAGGCUUGUCAGGGGAAACUCAGACAGAGCAAAACGGAUAUCGUUCCUCAUACCACCACUCAUUUGUCUUUCUUUUCAAAGCUCUACUUUCCUAAUAGAAUUUACCAGUACUUUACAGAUCAAUCGACAAACAAGGAAAUCGAUCCUAACAACCAAAAAGAAAAGUUAAAAGAGGUUUUGGAAAUUUUAGAAGACGCCCCAAGGAAUCCUCCACUGAUGGAUUUUAUCACAAUCAAAUCGACCCUGCCUGGUUUCGUGUCCUACCGGUUAGUCGAUAAGGAUAAGAAUGGGCAAGUGCAAGAGUAUCUAGGUAGCUCUUUCAUACAAGCUCUCUGUGAAACUUUGUCUGAAGAAUAUUUCGAGAAAAAAGAAAAGGGUAGAAAACAUAUGGAAUUGGAAGGCUUACUUAGAAGUGUUCAGUUGAAAAUCAACGAAGUUUCAGAACGAAUAGAUUGGUGGCAAACCAUGCAGUGGGAAGCAUGUCUGCGUAAAUACAUUCGAUUUCGCGAAUGUAAAGCCAAAGACAUUAACGUUGAAUUUAGAAACUGAAAGGACGAUUACCAUUUCAUCCUAAAGGGUUAGUUUGAAUUUUAUAAAUAUAAUGCCUAGUGCUAAACGACGAAAGAUCCAAAUUGCUCUGUUGAUCACUCUGUUGAUUAAUUAGUGCCUGUGUUAUAAAUGUUUUUGCGGUGCAUGAAAUUGUCACCUAUAAUAUGCUGUAUCUCUAGCCAAUACAUCGGACGCCUUGACCAAACACCAA